CGGUCUGAUUUCACAUUCCAUAUUUUUUUUCAUGGUAAAAUGAUGAACAUGGAUCGGCAUUUCCCCCUAAGAAUCGAUACAAUUGAGCUAAAACACCGUAUCGAAAUGGGGGUAGGUCAUAAAAAAUCCGAAAAAUACUUCAAUCUUCUAAAUAGGUACCUAAAUCUCCAGCUCAGCAAAUCGGAGUUCGAUAAACUCUGUAUUGUGUUAUUAGGAAGAGACAACGUCUCUCUCCACAACAAGCUCGUUCGAGCUAUUAUCAAGAAUGCCAUUAUUCGAAAACCGCAAUCUUCAUUAAAUGUGGCGAAAUUAACAAACGGAUAUCGAAAUAGUCUUCAAUUUCUCCACGCGGACGUUUUUUUCCCUCCAUCCCCUAAGAAGCGUAGGACCCACAAGCCCAAAAAAAAUCCCGAUAAAGAGCGUGAAGAAGUUUCCGGAACCUCGUGCAUUCGUAUUCGAAGAAGCCCUAUUAGAGCUCCGCUAGGUGUUUGUCUUCAUGCAAGAGGAAAACAAAGAAAAUCGCUACCCUCUAUUGAUAAUUCCAACACUUGUUAUUACAAAGCUGAGCUUCCUGAUCAGGCGAGUUGUUUAAGGAGAAGGGUUGAGCGAAGAUUGGGGGCCGAGAGUUUGUUAAACGUCUCGACGGAUUGUGUUGACUUGUUGAACAAUGGGCUCGAUGCUUUUAUGAAGAGGUUACUAAAACCCUGUCUCGACUUGGCAGAUUUACGGGCUGCAAUAAACGAGGUGGGGCCCGUUGUGUGUGGACAAAGAUCUUACGUGUCGAUGACUGAUUUUCGAGUUGCGAUGCAGUUGAAUCCGUGGAUGCUUGGAUGUGAUUGGCCGGUGUGUCUUGAGAAGGUACUGUUGGAAGAUUUUGACUGUGAUUAAGGAGAGUUUUUUCGUCACAGCUGUGGCUUUCGCUGUGACUCUAGAAAAGCUCUUGUGACAGUGUUUGUCGACACUGCGGAAAAUUUUGGAUCGAGUUUGUAUAUAUGUUGGCAGAGGUGAUUACAUCAUAGGAUACUUGUAAGAUUGUAGCCACUUCGUUUAGGUAAUAUUGCAUUUAUUUUUUUGCGCCUCGUUUAUCUUUUAAUUUGAUUAUUGAU